AUGAGUGAAGCAAAACCAUCAAGUGUACCUGCCGAACCUGGACUUUACCUGUGUAAAAGUUCUAAGGAAACAAACAAGAAUGAGAGUGGAAACGUUCCUUGCCGUGAAGCAAUAGGCACGUUACUAUUCGCAGCAAGAGUGUGCCGCCCCGAUAUCGAGUACGCAGUUAAUUACCUGAGCCAGUUCGUUGAUGCCCACAAUCGCACACAUUGUUCUGCUGUGAAACAAAUACUCAGAUAUUUAUCUGGUACUCGUGAUCUCGGGAUAGUUUUCGGAAAUAGUGGGAGCUCCUGCGAAAUCAGAGGUUACACUGAUACUGAUUACGCAGGAUGCUUAGAGACGCGAAAAUCGAGAAGCGGUUUCGUAUUUCAAUUAAAUGGUGGGCCGAUUUCGUGGUCCAGCCAACGACAAAGCGUCGUAUCAUUGUCAACUGCCGAAGCAGAAUAUAUCGCAAACAAUAGUGAUCAGCAUUUGGACCCCAUAUCCUGA